GUGAAUGGAAAGAGUAUUAAUUAAUCUAACACUAGCAAGAGUUGAUAGUUGAGUACUUGACAAAGAUUAUUUAUUAAUAGUACAAAACAUAAUUCUAAUCUUGUUAAUUAAUUGAAAGAGUGAAUUAACCCGACAUUAUAGUCCAACAUCACUCCCACAAUUCCACUCCCAAAGUUCCCCGGCCAAAAUAGCGCUCCCCCCUCCUCGAUUUUCUUCCUCUAUAAAUACUCUCACUCCAUCCAAACUCACCCAUCUCCAACAUUCUCCUCUCUCUUUCUCUCUCCUCCCAAAUUAAAAUUUAAAAUCAUUUACCAAAAAAAAAAAAAAAAAAUGAAAGAACAAGAACAUUACAAGCUUAUCAACUCACUCUUCUUCCUCCACUUAUUACUACUCCUCUUAUCCUCCUUUGUACUUCCAUCGGCGGCGCGUGAGAAUCCGUUUACGCCGAAGGCCUUCGCAAUCAGAUACUGGAAUAACAAGAUCUACAAGGUACCCAGACCCGAAUUCCUCCUUAGGAAAGCUUCACCGCUUUCCGCCUCCGAUUUAGCCCGAUUCACUCAACUCGCUUCCACCAACUCACUCUCAAAUCACCUUGACUCGUUCUGUAAACUCGCUAACCUCCUAUGUUUUCCUGACCCCACUAUUUCUGCCUCAACCAAACACUCCCCUGACGGAAAAUUCUCCGUUUAUUCCGAUAAUAACUUCACCAACUAUGCUACCGGCGCAGCCGGUGGGCUCAACUCGUUCAAGAAUUACUCCGGUGAUGAGAAUGAACCGCUUGAUACGUUCCGACGGUACAGCCGUGAUUCAGCCGGUCACAACGAUGAUUUUACCAGUUACGCCAGUAAUGGUAAUGUUGUUUCUCAGACGUUUAACACAUACGCUGCUGGUGCUACCGGAGGUUCCGGUAGAUUCACCACUUACGCAGAUAAUGUUAAUGUUCCUGGUCUUAAGUUCACCUCGUACUCGGACGAGGCGAACGGGCGAGACGGCUCGUUCGCCUCGUACUCGCACGAGGCGAACUCGGGUGACCAAGGGUUCUCUAACUAUGGCAAAAAUGGAAAUGGGUUGAGUAAUGAUUUUAACACCUACGCUGAUGACUCCAAUGUGGUGGGGUCUACAUUUUCCGGGUAUUCUCAGACCGGAAACAGCGGAAACGAUAACUUCACUUCGUACGGAUUUGACGGCAAUGUGCCGGAGAAUAAGUUCAACAGCUACGCCGACGGUGGAAAUGCCGGGGUCGAGAGCUUCUCGAGUUAUCGAGAUCAAUCCAAUGUAGGAGACGAUACUUUCAAAUCUUAUGCAAAAGGUUCGAAUAUUGAGAAGGUUAAGUUUAGUAAUUAUGCAGAGAGCUUUAAUCAAGGAUCCGAUAACUUCACCGGGUAUGGAGAAGGUGCUAAAGGACAGCAAGUCGGGUUUACGGGUUACGGGCAAGGUAGUAAUUUCAAGAGUUAUGCUAAGAAGGGGAUUAGUUUUGCUGAUUAUAGGAAUACUAGUACUAGUGGUAGUAAUGUGGUGGGUGCAUCACUGGUUGCGAAGAAGGGUAAAGUUGUAAAUAAAUGGGUGGAACCAGGGAAGUUUUUUAGGGAAAGUAUGUUAAAGGAAGGCAUUGUUAUGCCAAUGCCGGAUGUUAGGGAUAAGAUGCCAACGAGGUCGUUUUUGCCAAGGUCCAUAUUGUCGAAAAUACCCUUUUCAUCUUCGAAAAUUACUCAACUGAAGGAUAUUUUUCACGCGUUUGAUAACUCUACUAUGGAGGGGAUGCUAAAUGCUGCAUUGGGGGAGUGCGAGCGCGCCCCGGCCGUGGGCGAGACUAAGAAGUGUGUUGGUUCGAUUGAGGAUAUGAUUGAUUUCGCGGUUUCGGUUUUGGGUCAAUCCGUGGAGGCCCGGACUAUGGAGAGUGUUAACGGGUCGAAAUCGGAUAUUUUGAUUGGGAAAGUUAGAGGGAUAAAUGGUGGAAAGGUUACAAAGUCCGUUUCUUGUCAUCAAAGUUUGUACCCGUACUUGUUGUAUUACUGUCAUUCGGUACCUAAGGUUCGGGUUUACGAGGCGGAUAUUUUGAACCCGAAGACCAAGGCUAAAAUCAACCAUGGCGUCGCCAUUUGUCACUUGGAUACCUCGGCGUGGAGCCCCACCCACGGAGCGUUCCUAUCACUCGGGUCAGGUCCGGGUAAGAUUGAGGUUUGCCAUUGGAUUUUUGAGAAUGAUUUAACUUGGGCUAAAGCUGACUAAAACUAAAUGAUCCUUAAAAAAAAAAAUUGGGGCAAGGCAUUCCCAUUGAGAUUGGGUUCUUUACUUAAGAACCAUUUUUGGGAAUUGGUCAAAUUUUUUUUUUAAAAAAGGGUUUGUUCACAUUUUAAUUUUUUAAAUAGUUGUUGGCUUUGCAAAGGCAAAAGCCACAAAAUGUGCAAGCAAAAAAUUGUAAUUUGUUGUUUCUAAAUGUUGGUUACUACCUUGUCAUAUUGUUAUUAGAAUAUGGGUAAAUUUUACUAUAUAGGUGAAAUAAUGGAUAUAUUGAUAUUUUAUUA